UAAGCCGUCACACAGAGCGGAAGCGUGCGUAAGAAAACUGGCGCUAGUGAGCCGAGCGGCGGCCGUUCAGUGCGAAGAAAACGAAAAUGGCUUCAAGAAAUUGGGCGUUAAAAGCGACACAAACGGGACUUGUUACACACUUGUAACGUACGAGCUUAGAUGCUCGUAAACCAUGUGCUGGCUCUAGACCCGAGGAAUGAGCGACGCAGUUUCUCCGACUCACCAGGAGGGGGCGAUGAGGAUGGGACCCUGGAUCGGGCCACGUCUCAAAUCCAGUAGCUAGGAUCGUGUCCUGUCCUGGGCGGGAUUCGGAAGAUGCUGCUGCUCUGAAACUUGGGGAAAUUCUUCGCUUUGAACUGGAUGGUUAUUUUCCGUGGACGCACACGCGACACAGCUGAUCAAAGACGCUCGAUCUUGAACGUUUUCUUUCCGUACCAACGUAUCUUCCUCUCUUCCUCCUCCUCCUCCUCCUCCCCCUUUCCCCCUGUUGUGCUUGACGUUUUGGUGGCUGUGUGGAUUGUAUGGCAGUGGCGUAACCGUGGAGAGGCCGGGGUAUCACAAGCUUAUGGAUUUUGAUAAGAGAGGAGGAGGCGGUGGAGGUGGAGGAGGGAGAGGGGAAGCCGAAGAAGGGAAGAAGAUGUCCAAGACCGGAGGGAGCAGGUCCGGUCACACCGGUCGCACCUCGGCACCCAAUUCUGGUGUGCUAAUGGUCGGACCGAACUUCCGCGUGGGAAAGAAGAUCGGCUGCGGGAAUUUCGGCGAACUUCGGCUCGGGAAGAACCUGUACACCAACGAAUAUGUAGCCAUAAAACUGGAGCCCAUCAAAUCCCGAGCACCACAACUGCAUCUGGAGUACAGGUUCUACAAACAGCUCGGGAACUCAGAGGGUGUUCCUCAGGUGUACUAUUUUGGUCCAUGUGGGAAAUAUAACGCCAUGGUGCUGGAGCUGCUGGGACCCAGUCUGGAGGAUCUGUUCGACCUCUGUGACCGAACCUUCUCCCUCAAGACUGUGCUCAUGAUCGCCAUUCAGCUGAUCACGCGGAUGGAAUACGUUCACACCCGCAGUCUGAUCUACAGGGACGUGAAGCCGGAGAACUUCCUUGUGGGCCGGCCAGGCAGCCAACGGCAGCACACCAUCCACAUCAUCGACUUCGGCCUGGCCAAAGAGUACAUCGACCCCGAAACCAAAAAACACAUCCCUUACCGAGAACACAAGAGCCUGACGGGCACGGCGCGCUACAUGAGCAUCAACACUCACCUGGGCAAAGAACAGAGUAGGCGGGACGACUUGGAGGCUCUGGGUCACAUGUUCAUGUAUUUCCUGCGAGGCAGUCUGCCCUGGCAAGGCCUGAAGGCCGACACACUGAAAGAGCGCUAUCAGAAAAUAGGAGACACCAAAAGAGCGACUCCUAUUGAAGUGCUCUGCGAGAGCUUCCCAGAAGAGAUGGCCACGUACCUGCGCUAUGUCAGAAGACUGGACUUCUUUGAGAAACCGGACUACGACUACUUACGCAAACUCUUCACUGACCUCUUCGACAGGAACGGCUACAUCUUCGACUACGAGUAUGACUGGGUUGGAAAAACUCUGCCGACUCCGAUAGGACCCAUUCCUACUGACACACCGCUCCAGUCCAGCAGCAGAGAUAAAGCACAGCAGCAGACCAAAAACCAGGUCAUGAGUUCAACCAACGGUGAGGUGAACACCGACGAUCCCACAGCGGGUCACUCCAACGCUCCCAUCACCGCUCCUGCUGAGGUCGAGGUCGCAGACGAUACAAAGUGCUGUUGCUUCUUUAAGCGGAGGAAGAGGAAAGGCCUGCAGCGGCACAAGUGAAGAGAGGAGAGAUGGAAACGAGAAAGAGAGGGAGGACUGGAGCGUGGAGCGCUCCUUUAACGUGUGUGUGUGUGUGUGUGUGUGUGUGUGAGAUACUCGUCAGAUCCGAAGAACUGCCAAUUGCUUUAUAAGGAAACGGAGCGUAUAGAGGAGUCACGAAUGUACAAACGCCCGAGAGACUGACCGAGUGUGUGUGUGUGUGUGAGAGAGAGACGCAGAUGGACGGUUUAAUCCUGUAUUUUAGAUCACAUUAUCAGAGGACUUAAAGACAAAGCAAAUGUUUAAACGAUGAGUGUUUAAUUUUAUGGGAUCAAAAGUAAGCGCCUGAAGGCGAAAGGACUACAGACUGUGAUGCUCCGAGUCAGGACACGUCAGGAAACGUCAGGAAACGCAAACCAGAAUCACUGCUUCUGUAAACUGUCUGGGUUUGGGUUAUUUUCUGUUUGUUCGUUUUUGUUUAUUUUUAAUUGUAAUUUAAAAUGAAGUUGUUUUGUUGCUCUGCUAUCCCUGAGUUGAACCGUUUUUAUUCACGUUGUCCUGAUUUUUUUUUUUCUUUUCUUCUUUUUCUCUCGCGCUUUUUCUUUUUCUCUUUUUCUUUUUCUUUCUUUUAAUUUGAUGUUCUCGUGUUGUAUCGUUUUUUGUUUUUUUCCUUUUCUGUCAACAUGGAUGAUGUAGCACAGUGGCUGGACUCAGGUACUGUGGCAGACGGAGAGAAAGACACGCCCUGCAUCGCAGUACUGUUUCUCUCUCUCUCACACACACACACACAGGCAUUUUUAACACACUUCCCUUGACCAUCAGUUUGGUUGUUUUCUCGAUUUUGGAGCACACUCAGAGCAGAGUUUCUCAUCAGGAAGAAUAACAAAGCUGAAAUGAUUUUUUUUUUUUUUUUUCUUUUUCUUUUUUACGGAAAGAUGUUCAGGGUUUCGUUUUUUUUCCACACACACUACACACACACAGUUGUUUUAUGGAAGUCUGAUGAGGAAGUGCAUGUUUCUGUCCUGUACCUUGAGAGACAUCAAAGGUUGUUUUUAUUGGGGUCACAAAACCAGCUUCAGUUCCAAAUAGAUGCAUAAAGAAAAGCUAUCUAGCUAACCGUAUCCUGUAUCCCGCUAUUCAGAUAUAUAACCUUCAUUAGGCUAAGAGUUUCUUGUUAGUUUAUCCCACAACUACAAACCAAAUAGACUUGUAAGGUUAAAACAGUUACCUGGCAGACUGCUUGCAACUAACUUUAUCCUGAUAACUUUAUCUAGAUAAAGUUAAAAACUAGGUACCUUCCCAGCUAAGCUUACCCAGCAUUCACCCAACUGUUUUUAUCCAUCUUUUAGUUUCUGAUGAGUUUAUACUCCAACUUACAACCCAGAUAUAUGCAUUUAACUUUAUCCGGCUAAACAUAUAUCAAGCUAAACUUAUCCAGCUUCAUGUACAUGGCUCAACCUGCAUCCAGCUACCCUCAUCUGUUGAUCCUCAUCCAGCUAAUUUUAUCCCACAACAGCCAAAAAGAUGCACAAGUCUAAAGAGUAGCUAUCUGGCUAACUAUUUUAUCUAGCUAAUUUUAUCUACAUAACCAAAAGUCAGCUUAUAUAACAUAGCAUAUAUAACACCUACAACCAAAUAUAUGCGUAAGAUUAAAUGGUAGAUUUCUGGCUAAUCUCAUCCAUCUACACUUAUCCAGUUAACUUGCUCAUCUAACUUUCAAAUAGACAUGUAUGACUUAACCAAAAUCCAGCUGUUGUCAUUCAGAUACAUUUUUCCAGCUACAGCCAAAUAGAUACAUCAUAAGGCUAAAGGGAAGCUAUCUCGCCAACUUUAUACAACUAAUUUAGCGAACUCUAUCUACGUAUUCAUCGAUAAGUUUCUCGGUCAUUUAUUGUAAUCUCAACAGCUAAUUUAACGACGUUGAUUUUAUCAGUUAUGUCUCUAAAUGUCCUCGGCUAAUUGCUUAGUUCAUUGUUUUAAUUUAAGAUCUUGAGCUAAUCAGAAAUAAUAACACUAAUCCUGCCGUCACAUGCGUGUGGCCUAUCCAGCUAAUUCUUAUUAAGCUUCAAUAAACCGUAUAUCACAUCAAUUUAUGUAGAAUUGAGCAAACCCUAAUAUUUCGAAAUGUUCCUUUCACUGUGUGCUAGUGUGAAUGCUAGCUAAACCUAACCUAAUCGUGGAAGUGUGAGCUAGCAUAACUUCUAAACGCUGUAUUCUGUAACCUUCACAAAUCAGGACUUAAACGCAACUGAAAGAAUUUGUGAUCUUGAGCUAACAGGACAGAAAUUAAUUAUUUUUUUUGGGGGGGGGGGCUUUCAUGCUAGCAUCUGUAUAUCGAAUUAUUUUAAAAUAUGACGUAUUUCGUUGUCUUUCUGCUCAGACCUGUGUAGAACCUCUACCUCUAGUCAACAUCGUUUUCUCUACCUCUAGAUAACAGAAGUUCCUUACCUUUACCCUCAUCCUGCCGGUUGAUUAGCACACCAGCUAGCACACUAAUUAGCCAGUGGAAUGCAGUAAAAUAAGGACUUUACUUUAAGGACUAACUAGCAUCCGACUUCGCUAACUACAUUCAAAAUUUCAUGUCACAAAUCGAAUUAGAACUAGCUAACUCGGACGCUAAUUAGUUCACAUGCUAGCAUUCUUCUUCUUUUUAUUUAAUUUGUCCCCAAUUCUAAGUACUUAAAUAUAUAUCUACUUUUUUGUUUGUUUUGUUUUAGAUGUGCUAAAUGAAUUUAAAGGAAAAUAAGUCAUAUUUUAGGAGGGGAGGGGGGAAGGAUAGGAAAGAUGCUACUACUGCUAAAUAAAACGACUGAAAAGGCAGAUUUUUAAAUUUUGUAUUAAUAUAAGUGUGUUUAUAUAUAUAUAUAUAUAUAUAUAUAUAUAUAUAUAUAUAUACGUGCCAACUAGCAUAACUAUGAAACUAGCUGAAUUCAGAUGUACGUGCGUUUCCCUUAUUUUACUUAUUUAUUACCAUUUUUGCGAGAAAUUAUUUCCUCAAGGUUGAGUAAAUAAGGAAAAAUCGCUAGGGGGUACGUUCAUGUUAGCUAGCUUGAGUGUGGAAUUAGCUAAACAGCCGUUAAUUCACUUCACGACUGGUUUAUUUACGCGUUUGUUCGUCCUUAUCUGACCAACCUGCAUUACCAAAGCUAAUUAUUCACCAUGUUAGCACAAUACAUGCUUUAUUUUUUUUUUAGGUUCCUCGUCUUUCUUUCUAAAAUCAUCUUUAUUCCCUCAUUUUUUUUGCUCCUGUUUAAUGUUUACAGCUCGAGCAAGACGAGGAGUGUGUGUGUGUGUGUGUGUGAAACAGUACUGAUGCAGGGUAGUGGCUUCUUUCUCUCUUCAUGUAAACUGCACUUUUGGUGGUUAAAAA